AUGGCGGCUUCCCCCGGCAGCCCAGCCGUGUCUGCCGCCUUGGUGCAGUUUGGUCGGGGUUUGCAGCAUGCGAUCUCGAAUGCCUCGUCUGCUAUCGUUGCAGCAGCCGGCCAUAGGAGCGGAACAGUUACUUCCUCUGUUGUCCAGAGUUCUGCUGUUUCAGAGACAUCCUGUGCCGCGCUGCUCUCGCCUCUACUUGGUCUCGGUGUUCAGAGUUCACCACCCUCUGCUGACAAGGGUUCAUCCACUCCGAUACCAGACGACCGUCGGGCACCUGAUUCUUCUUCACAUAUACAGCCCGUGGCACCCUCCCAUGCUCAUCAGUCGUGGCCAGACUCCGCUUCCACCGCCCGAGAGGAAGGCGCCCCCGCCGUGGACACUGCACCGCACACUGAGGAACCUGGAAGUGAACCUGGACAAGCAGAGGAUCCGGCAUCCCGAUCUGCAAAUAAUGUUUCUUCUCUUAAGCGUCCGCCCCCCUCUGUGCGUGAGGGAGACAAUGUUCCCCGAAUCACUCGACGGGAAGAUGACGCGUCCUCGUCACCUCCGGAUCGAAGCAUAUUCGUUGGACCUCACGAGGUUCCCACCGUGUCGGGUGGAGGCGCUGGAGGCAGAAACACAGUCGGAAAUCGUUUGAGCCGAUGCGCUCCCUCUUACUUUCCCAGCCAACCCGGCACAACGUUUCAGCAGCGUGUGGGCGCGUCUACGGCUUGCUGUUCUCUUCUAUCUUCGCCGUGCGCCCCUUCUUUGUGUUCGUCUGUACCAUUUCCGCAGCAGAUUCCUCAACUACAGGUUUGUCGAACCGAGUUUGAUCGAAUGGGUUUUGCGGGAGCCGAAAGUCGCCUUGAGGAGGUCGAGAACUCGUGGUUUUUUAUCGACAUUUUCGGCGGCGACAACGCCUUUGACAAGGGGACUCGUGGAACUCAGUUUGGCACCUCAUCUUACCCUGUUGAUGAAACGAGCAACUCUUUCACAGAGUGCAUCACUCCCGCCUCGGUUAGAGAUCGUCGGCGUUACUCGUUUGACAGGGUACUGAAGGUAUCAAGCCCCACCGUCGAGGAAGAAGAAAUCAAUGAAAUGACGAGGAAGGGACUGAAGACGGACAGCCACCAGGCCCUGAGCACGUCAGCGGGUGGAGGCGACACCUUACCAACUGAUGGCAGAGAAGGAGUGACAAUACCGGAGACACGGGCGAGUCGCAGAUGUGGCGACACGGUAGACGGAAGAGAGGAGAGUUUGGUUGACAUCGAAAGCAGGUCCUCAGGUCUUGUUCGAAUCAAUGAGCCGAGCGAAAUUGGCUUGGACGCUUCUCAGCUUGCAUCAACUCUGACUUCGGAGCUUAUUUAUGGGUCUCGAGCUAGCUCUUUUGCCGCAGACGAAGGAAUGGUAGAGGCCGGAACUUUGUCUGUUGCUCGAUCUGUCAGUCGCAGCAAGCUAUCUGAAGGAAAAAUAGAGGCAAAUGGAGGCAUUGAAGAGCCGGGAGGCGGCAAUGAAGAAGUGGAGCGGGAUUUAUCAGCUGGAACCGAGUGUAGAUCUUCGAUUCCUUGUUCCCUUCGCCGCCUCUUCGAGACGCAAAUUGAGACACAAAAAGAUGUGUAUCGUGUGGUGUCACCGAUCGAAAAAACGUGGAAUAGAGACCCGACGUACACGAAUACGCAGCGAGAAAAAAUCCGCUUUCUGGAUCGCUUUUUGACGCCUCUUUCUCCCGAGGAGAAGCUGCAUCUAGCUACGCGUAGCGCAGCGGCCUGUGAUGUGAGAGAUGGAGAGAAGUCACAAGACGACGCCUUUCCCGGAACAGAACCUGUAAUGCGAUCUCGCUUCCCAUCCACCUUUUUUCCUGCUCUCACCGCGCGCUCGUUCUGGCCCCAACGCAGGUACACAACGACAACGAUGUGCCCCGAGAAUUUACUGGGUGGGGAAACUGCGGGUUAUUGGCGCAACAACGGGACCGCUGAUCUGACAAGUACUUCACGGAAUGGGGAGAGAAGUGCACGAAGGCCUCCGCCUGGGAGGCAUAGGAGAUGUGGGACUUCAGGGAGACAUAGAAUGCAGAAGGCGGGUGCAAGUACUAGUUUCCCGUCUUUCGCGGCAAUGGUGGCAUUCUUACAAAACUCGAUUGACUUGUAUGGCCCAACUGCGCUCGAAGGCGUUACGUUCCACGUCCCCGCAGAAGACGCCGAAGAUUUUCUUGCUGCUCUGGAGGAGUCGCUUCCUUACUCUUGGCAUGAUUUUGAGUCUGCGGUUGUUGAGGCACUCAAGCCGUUGACUGCCCUAGUCGUCGGGCGUCUCGUCUUUGUCCAGCUUCCAUCGUUCCUUUUCGAGUUUUUGGCGACGACAGAGACCACGGCCGCAGCAGCUACCGCGACAGCCGAAGCGACCGGCGUGACUGUGGCGGGGAUUCUCCCGAGUCUCUGUUCCUUCGCUUCUUGUUUGAUUGUUUUCGGGGGCUGUGUUUACGCACUCGUUCGAGGAGCAAAGGCUCUCCACUCGUCCCGGCGCGCGCAGCUUCUCAUGUCGAUGAAGACAGAAGACGCCAGUGAAAGCCAAGACGGAAGAAACCACGACGACCACGUAGAAAGGGAAACGUACGUCUGGGCGGAGAGGGCAGAACGGGGGGAAGCCGGAGUGGACGAGGGGAGAGAGGCUUGCGAACAAGUGACAGAGACAAGCAACAGGAGGGGGAGGGAGGAGGUUCACGGAGAACGAGACGUGUAUUUAGAAAUAACAAAGCGUUUGGGAGAGGAUGGAAACGGGAACGAGAGAACUGAUGGAGACGUUGACACCGACGCUCGAAGAGCCACAGGUGGGAAACAUCAACAGACGGAAUCCGCGAGACAGACAACGAGUGUUGUUGUGAUUAGAAGAGAUCCAGAGCGGAAGUGGAAGGACGAAGAUGCCGUACGUGAAGGCGUCUCUUUUGGAGAGUGGAGAGCAUGUUUCCCUCCGUAAAACUUGAGGAACCGUUCGGCACCACAAAAUGGAAGUUAAACUUUUCUUUAGCCAGAAAGGCGUAUAUGCAGGGUGACACGGAGUGGUCAGUUGCUUGUGUGACUGGAAGGGAGUUGAGUGCUUCCUUACUUGGAUAUGAAUAGGAUGAGCAUGGGUUCAUGAGUAAAUCAAAAGGGGCUUCGGGAGAAAGGAUUCAUCAUUUCCUCCCCUUUCGCUCUACGUUCAUUCUGGUUGUGGUGUUUCCGGCAUACCCUCCGCGCAUAUCCUGCAUGGUGUCCCCCCGCACAAGGUCCUUGCCGUUAGGCAGGCAGUGUGAGAGGGAGUUCCUCAGAAAGUCUUGUGUGUUUGCGCGGUAUGCUAUGCAUGGAAAAGGCACGGGGUCACUGUGGGUGCUCUACUGAUUUCCUGUCUCUCUUAUUCACCUUUUCUGCUUAUCACCGUCAGCUGCCGGGCACCGCGAGAGGAACGCCGGUGCCCUUUUCGUCAAUCAUCUUGUUCCAUUUAGAGUCUUGGGUUUAAAAGUGCCAGCAACAUCCAUAUUGUCUCGCAUAGAAUGACGCAGGAACACUUGUGAAGGAGACAUGAUGGUGAAAUGAACGCAACGAAUCAUCAGAGGUGUUCUCGGCCAUGUGUCUCUGUGCAAAUGUUCCGUGAUUAAGAGCCGGUUAACUCAAAUCGAAUGAACGGAGGCAGUAUUCUACCUAGGGUAAUGAAGGUGUCCCAAGUAAAAAGAUACAGACAAGCGAAGCUAUUGUUGAUCGCUGUCCACCCGCUCUCUUUCGACGUUUUGUCAGUUCAGCAAUAUCGAAGAUGCGAAACGACAUUCGCCAUGUUGUUUUGUCCGUAGUAGAAGACCCACUAACAUGCACAGUCACCCUGUGAACAGUUUUCCGAAUCGUUUUUUGAGCGAGUCCACUGUUCAAGCGUUUGCUGUCGCCUUUGUAUUAGCUGCCCAACAUCUUUCACAUCUCUCAUUUUAUUGCCUCCUUCUCGUUCGUGUCGCUUUUUUCAGCUCCACCCCCUCUUCACUAUAUUCAUUCUGGGUAGGGUUUCUCCUUGUUCCCUCGGCCUAUUAUUGCCUUUCGUCGUUCACCUUUCGUCUCAUAUCCAGUUUGUUUGAGUUAAAAACAACCAAAUGUUUCCAUGCCGUGUUUUCUCGUAGUGUGUUCCUUGAAGGUCACAUCGAAUUGUUUCCACAUCGAGUAGGCUGACCGCACUGUGACAAUAUGGAGUAUCAACGAAGAUGCGGAAGAGGACCUUCGUACCGUUACUGCGUGGACGUGGAUGUACGGUCUUCUCUAGGGGUUCCCUGUCUCGUGUGCGUCGGAGAAAUCCAAAAAGAUCUGAGGGAAAUUGUCGCAAAGGACACCACAAUACGCCAUCAAUGGGGGGGCAAGGGUAUCAGACUGCACAGGUUUCCUCAGGACCGUUAGUCUCAUCAGUACACUCCGUGUCGUUUAUCUUGACACUGUGUACGAUAAUGUCGUACAUGACUGGAUGGUUAAGCACAUGUAUUUAAAGGAA